UUUGAAUAAGAAAAAGAUCAUCACGCGUUAUUUAUUCUACUCGGCGGAGCGUGCAUAAGUGUUUUGUUUGCGUUGAAUUGGCGUAGGCCUAGCGUGUUGUGUUAGUUUUUUCCGAUGUGGUCGAAGGGUUACCUGUGACGUACAUUGUCAGGGUUCUACACCUUUGGUACAGACAAGGCGAGGGCCCUACAAAGUGGGCCGUUGUGUUUGCUAAGUACUUCAUAAGGGUCGUGGUAACGGUUUCGCUCUGCUUUUCCUGGCUUACAACUCACUGUGCAUGUGUUGGGUCAUAUAUCUAGUGAAAUCCACUGGUGAAGAACGUUAUUUUGGCCAGUCUGGACCCAACCAUGAAUCGCCGUUAAGGAGCAGCGGAAAUCAGUUCAGUGAUCCCAUUAAUCUGAGGCAACACUGAUUUGUGACCGAGCAGUUUUCUUGCAUACCGCACAUCCCACCAUGGUCGACCUAGUUGGGUUGUGGAUCGGCACCGGCGUCCUAUGCGCUGUUAUAGUCCUCCUCAUGAUUUUUGCCAUCUACAAGCAGCACUUCGGAACGCUGUCGCUACCCCCCAGGAAACCCGAAGCAGCGUCGGCGGCGCCGGCGGCGAACAACGCCGCCCAGGAUCAAGGAGCGGCCGAGCAAGGCGAGGACGCCGCGGUGGCGCAGAACUCGGCGGUGCCGGUCAGCUCUGCCCCGCCUCCGUACCCAGCGAACGGGCCAGCCGCCUACGUGUACGAGCAGCCGGUGAGCGACAGCGCGGACGUUGAGGUGGAGGUGCACGGAGAAAAGAAGCCUUGCACCCCGGAGCCGGAAGGCCCGCACGUGUACGAGCAAGCCAUCCAACUUGAAACCAGCACCUAGGCCGGGUCAAAAACACAAAAACUCCGAGGACAAAUAUUCAAGUUGCAGAUGUUUUUUUACCUGGUGAGCGAAAAGGAGUGGAACAUUUUAUGACUGAACAUCUAAGCCGUGAAUACGUUUCAUUGAGCAAAGACAAUUGUUCAGUUACUAUUACUUGAGUAAAUGUGAUAUUCACCAACAUCAAUACGGGCGAUUCACAAUAGUGCGCCUGCAAGAGUUUGCAACGCGUAAUUGGCCAAUCACAACGCGUGAAAUCUGUCCACCCUUUCAAAACGCGACAGAUUUUGCACCUCGUGAUUGGCCAACGCGUUUCAAACUCUUACAGCUACAGGCGCACUGUUGUGAAUAGCCCGUAUAGAGCUACAUGCGUAGAAG